CCUUCACCGGGGGAGCGCGGUGACGGUUGCCGGGAAGCACGCGCCGCUCCUCCCUCCCCUCCGGCGUCCUCCCCUCACGCGCCACCCGGUUUUCCUCCUUCUCCGUUAAUAACAGCUGGGUGGCUGGGGGAGGAGGAAAGGUGGCCUUGGCUGAGUCUGGGCGGGCGCCUCCCACUCACCCGCGAGCCGCCGUGGGAGCAGGAGGAUGGCGGCGGUAGCGGCGGCCGCCCGGGAGGAGGCGGUGCCGAGGCUCUCGGCGCAGAGCGCGGCGGCGGCAGAGAGCGGCAGCGGCCCGUCGCGGCGCAUUAGAACCGAAAGCAGCGGCAGCCGCGCAGCCACCUGAGCCGCCCCUCCCGCUGGAGCCAGCGAGCGGCGCCCACGGGAGCCGGGACCUCCUUCCUCUCCGUCUCUCCUCGUCUCCCGCGCCCCCUGUCAGGCAGCAGGUCUCGCCCGCCAACCCCGAGAAGAGCGCGCCGGGCGCAGACCGCCCCUCGGGGCGCCGGGCUGCGGCCCUGGACGUGCGGGCUUCUGUCUGCGCCGGCCUCGGCGCCUCGACCCUGCCCUCUCGCUCACGCACGCGCUCGCUCCCCCCUUCCCGGCGCUCCGGGCGCUGCGCGCGGGCCCGGCCCGGGACAGGGCGGACAUGGGCGCCAAGCAGAGCGGCCCGGCCGCUGCUAACGGCCGCACCCGCGCGUACUCGGGCUCGGAUUUACCUUCCAGCAGCAGCGGAGGGGCCAACGGGACCGCGGGCGGCGGGGCGCGAGCCGCGGCCGCCGGGAGGUUUCCGGCUCAGGUGCCCGGCGCGCACCAGCCCAGCGCCUCCGGUGGCGCCGCGGCGGCCUCGGCGGCCCCCCGCAGCCGCUCCCUAGGCGGGGCCGUGGGGACCGUGGCGGCGGGGGCCCGCGCGGCGCAGUCCACCUUCAGCAUCCCCAACAGCAGCAGCGGCCCGUACGGCUCCCAGGACUCGGUUCACAGCAGCCCCGAGGACGGCGGCGGCGGCGGCAGAGACCGGCCGGCGGGCGGGGGUCCCAGCGGCCCACGCCUGGUGAUCGGCUCCUUACCAGCUCACCUCUCGCCGCACAUGUUUGGAGGAUUUAAGUGUCCUGUAUGCUCAAAAUUUGUACCCUCAGAUGAAAUGGAUUUGCAUCUUGUGAUGUGUUUAACAAAGCCAAGAAUAACCUAUAAUGAGGAUGUGCUGAGUAAAGAUGCUGGGGAAUGUGCAAUAUGCCUUGAAGAAUUGCAGCAGGGAGAUACUAUAGCACGACUGCCUUGUCUAUGCAUAUAUCAUAAAGGCUGCAUAGAUGAAUGGUUUGAAGUAAAUAGAUCUUGCCCUGAGCACCCUUCAGAUUAAGCAUCAGCUUCCUGUUUUAUAGGUUUCCUUGUCUUUUCAAGAUGCUUGAAAAACUGAGAGGAUACGAAGAUUUAUCUCUGGAAAAGCAAAAACAAAAAUGCAGGCACACUCAGCCAGAAAUCUACGUUCUGUGAGACUCAGUAAUGCAGAGAUGGACAAUCAUACAGGAAACAAAAAUCCUGCUGAGGAGAGGACAAUUGUCACAGAACUCAGUGUACCAAACAUGAAUAAAGGACACACAGGGAUUUUGAAAAUGCUGCACAUCCCUUAAUAGUCAUCUACAUAGGUAAUACUGAUGAACAUUUUAUAUUCAGACACCAAAGUUAACUGAUUUAAAAGUUGAUUUACUUUUUAUUAAGUUCUCUAGAGCUGCACAACUAGUUGUUUUUAAUUUGUUUUGGUUUUUAGUUUGGGGUCCCUUUAUUUUCCCCAAUAUGAUGUUCCUGCAUUCAUCUAUUCUUAAAUUGAAGACCACGUAAUUUACUUCUUAAAAAUUAAAGUCUUGAAUGUGAAACCAAGAAAUGUAAUCAAGCAGUAAAACAUUCUCUGAAUGUAGACUGUGAUCUCAAGUUCUUUGAUUUUUUUUUUCCCCCAAGAGUGGAAAAUAGACUUCUACAUAGGAAAGCUAAAGUAUGUUAAUACUUUAAAUUAAAGGUUUAAAAUUAUCAGAAUGCAUUCCAAAGAGUAAAAAAAUCAAGUUACAUAAUUACAUUUUAAUUAAUUAAAUUUGGAUUAUCUACAGAAUUGCAGUUUAUUAAAUAUGUUGUUUCCUUUUUAAAUAAAACUGCUCAACAGUUAAUCAUCAAUGAAUCAUUUUGCAGCUAUGCAACUUAAAAAAAAUACUAAUUACCAAUUUUAAGUGCUUCCAGCUACAGUAACUUUGUUUUAACGGGUAUUUUUGUUCUUUUCAUGUAAUUAUUUUAUUGUGCUUUGCAUCUCCAUGCAGUUUUCCUACAUUUGGGUAAAAUAUUUAGCAGGUUGUAAACUUAAUAACUUAUGAAAAGGGUAAAAUAAAAUUUUCUUGAGUGGAACUUGGAAUAAUUUGAGGGACAUUUUUAUAUACUUUUAAAAAUCAGAAUUUAAUUGGGAUGCCAGAUUUAUAGCAAUUUGCAUCUUUAAUUUUCCAGGUAAUCUGGGGUUUAGCAUUUGAUAAAUGAUUUUUUAAAGCAAACAUGAAGAUUUUGUUAAUUUAUAAUUUAUUAAUGUGUUAUUACUGUAAUUGAAAAUGUUACAGAGACUUUUAAAUUCAGUCUUGUUUAGAAAGAAAUGUAUUAAGCAAAAUUAUGUGAAUAAAUAUUCCCACAAAAUA